CGCCCCGGGCUCCGGAGGGCAACUCUCGAGCCCGGCCAUGGACUGGAGGGAGAACAGCAGCGGGCGCCCUGGCGGCGGCGCGGGUCCCUAGCAGAGAGCCCCUUCGCCUCCCAGCGCAGCUCCUGCCUCCUGGGGGCUCUGGCACCGUGUCUUCUUCGCAUAGACGGCGCAGGGGAGCAGACGACCUGCGCUCCGAGGCUCCAGGAUGUGCCCGUCUGAGAUGGGGACGCCGUGGCACCACUGGUCCCCCGUGCUCAUCAGCCUGGCCGCCCUGUUCUCCAAAGUGACGGAGAGCCGAGGGAUCCUGGAGAGCACCCAGAGGUUCUCGCUGCUGCCCACCUACCUGCCCGUGAGCUUCCGCAUCCAGCACGCCGACGCAGCCUUCUUCCUGAAGGAGGCCAACCAGGACAUCAUGCGCAACUCCAGCCUGCAGUCGCGCGUCGAGUCCUUCCUCGUGCACAAGUCCCGGCGGCCCCCCAUCCUCCGCGCCACCUACGGCCCCUUCUCCGCCGAGCAGGUGGUACCCCAGGACCUGCUGCUGCCCACCAGCCCCUUCGGGCUCAGCCACGCAUUUCCUCUCAACUGGCGGCUUCGCGCCCACAUCCUGCGGGACAAGGUCUACCUGAGCCGGCCCCGGGUGCAGGUGCUGUUCCACCUGGUGGGCCGGGACUGGGCCGAGCGCGGCCCCGGGGAGGCGCUGCCCUGCCUGCGGCUCUUCGCCUUCCGGGAGACCCGAGAGGUGCGGGCCGGCUGCCGGCUGCAGGGGGCCCUGGGGCUGUGCGUGGCCGAGCUGGAGCUGCUGGCCGCCUGGUUCAGCCCCCCGACGGUGGUGGCAGGCCGGAGGAAGGUGGGGAUCCCCGCCGAGGGCAGCCCCGUGGAGCUCUACUACAGCCUGCAACCGGGGGACACCCGGGGGGGCUGCAGCACGGGGGGAAUGCGGAGGAGUGGCGGGGCCCAGCAGGGCCUCGGCGACGUGGACGAGUCGGGGCCCCCCCUGCAGCGGAUCGGAAGCGUCUUCCUCUACCAGACGCCUGGCCGGCCUCCCCUACGAGAGGUGCGCCUGGACCGCCACGUGGCUGUCCACUACGUGCCCAGGCCGGCGCGGCCCGGAGACGUGCUCACCUUCCCUGUGUCCAUCUCCAGGAACUCCUCAGAAGACCGCUUCACGCUACGGGCCAAGGUGAAGAAAGGGGUGAGCAUCGUUGGGGUCCGGGCCAGCAGUCCCUCCAUCUGGGAAGUCAAGGCAAACACGGACCAUGCCGGAAAACAUGCGCCGGCCGUCAUCGAGUGCCGGAGGACGUCGGCCGGCCUGGGGGACAGGGCAGAUGGUGCGGCCGAUGAGGUCAUGCAGGUGGAUGUGGCCGUGGAGGAGCCCGCAGACCCGCCGGCCACCCAGCUCGUCACGUGGCAGGUGGAGUAUCCGGGUGACGUCACCUCUGACCUGGGCGUGUCCCGGAUCUACGUGCGGCAGAAGGGCCUGCUCGGCGUCGUCCCGCUGGCCAUGGAGGCAGAAAUCCUGAACACGGCCAUCCUCACGGGGAAGACGGUGGCUGUGCCGGUGAAGGUGGUGUCGGUGGAGGAGGAUGGCACAGUGACCGACCUGCCGAGGGCAGUGGAGUGCAGGUCGUCAGAUGAAGAUGUCAUCAAGGUCUCUGACCGCUGUGACUAUGUGUUUGUCAACGGGAAGGAGAUGAAGGGCAAGGUGGGCGUGGUGGUGGACUUCACCUACCAGCACCUGAGCAGCCCGCUGGAGAUGACCGUGUGGGUGCCCCGGCUGCCCCUGCAGAUCGACGUCUCGGACACGGAGCUCAGCCAGGUCAAGGGCUGGAGGGUGCCGAUCGUCUCCAACAAGAGGCCCGCCCGGGACAGCGAGGACGAGGAGGACGAGGAGCGGCGGGGCCGCGGCUGCGCACUGCAGUACCAGCACGCCAUGGUGCGCGUCCUCACCCAGUUCGUGGCCGAGGCUGCUGAGCCUGGGGGGCACCUGGCCCACCUGCUGGGCUCAGACUGGCAGGUGGACAUCACGGAACUGGUGAGCGACUUCAUGCAGGUGGAGGAGCCGCGGAUCGCCAAGCUGCAAGGUGGCCAAGUUCUGAUUGGCCAGGAGCUGGGGAUGACCACCAUCCAGAUCCUGUCGCCUCUGUCCGAUGCCAUCCUGGCCGAGAAGACCAUCACCGUGCUGGACGAGAAGGUGACCAUCACAGACCUGGGGGUCCAGCUGGUGACAGGCCUGUCGCUCUCCCUGCAGCUCAGCCCCGGGAGCAACAGAGCCAUCUUUGCCACCGCAGUGGCUCAGGAACUGCUGCAGAGACCCAAACAGGAGGCGGCCACCAGCUGCUGGGUCCAGUUCAGUGACGGCUCUGUCACCCCCUUGGAUAUCUACGAUGGGAAGGACUUCUCCCUGGUGGCCACGUCCUUGGAUGAGAAAGUGGUUUCCACCCACCAGGACCCCAGGUUCAAAUGGCCAGUGGUGAUGGCCGAGACUGAAGGGCAGGGUGCACUGGUGCGGGUGGAGCUGGCCAUCAGCGAGUCAUGCCAGAAGUCCAAGCGCAAGAGCAUGCUGGCCGUUGGGACCGCCAAUGUCAGGGUCAAAUUUGGCCAGAGCGACGCCCACCCCAACGCCAGCGACAGCCGGGCCCCCGGGGCAGGGUUCCCCCUGGAGCGGCACGGCAGUGACAGGCGGUCCCGGAAGCCAUGGCAGGAGUGGGGCGGCCAGGAGGGCCCACUCUAUAGCAGCUCGCCUGGGGCACUCCUGGAGGGCAGGGGCCCCACCACUGAGAGGGCCCCUUUCCUGAGGAACGGCCAGGGGCGGCUCUUCGACCACGACAGCCACCUGCAGACCAUCCCCAUCGACCUCACCAGUCUGCCCGCCCCGGGGGGCCUCCCCAGCAGCGCUGGGGACACGCAGGAGGACCCCACGCAGGCCUCCAAGGGGCUGAGUGACCUGGAGAUCGGCAUGUACGCGCUGCUGGGCGUCUUCUGCCUGGCCAUUCUGGUCUUCCUCGCCAACUGCGCCACCUUCGCGCUCAAGUACAGGCACAAGCAGGUGCCCCUGGAAGAGCAGGAGGGCGUGAGCCACGCACAUGACUGGGUGGGGCUGAGCCGCCGGGCGGAGCUGCUGGAGAGCCCCGCAGCUUUCCCGUCCCCGCAGGACGAGCGGGUCACUGCCAUCGACAGGGGCCUAGAUUUCGAGGAAAGCAAGUUCCUCCUAGGCACGGACACCCUCAAGGGUCUCAACGGGCAGCUCUUCAGGGCCCCUGUGCCCCCGGGUUCCAGCGGGAAGGACCAGAAGAGCGAGCCCCCGACUUCCCCCACCUCCAAGAGGAAAAGAGUGAAGUUCAGCACCUUCACUGCCAUCUCCCCAGAGGACAGCUGCCCAGCCGUACUGGCCUGCACAGAGGAGGCCAUGGGCUGGAUCUACCCAGACUUGCACCCCGGGGACAGCCACCCCGACCGGCCACGGGAAGGGGUAUGAGCCGCACUCAGAGCCAGGUCUCACCUCUCGGCCUUUGAUGCAGGGCGUGUGGCCAUGAGGCCCUGGGGCUCCGGGAGAAACGUGGGACAGGGUGGCAGAGCCCCAGAGGCAGCCCCAGUGCGACACGCAGGAGGGACACACUCCCCUCCCUGGCGGAGCUCCAGAGCUGCGGUGCAUGAGAUUCCCAUGUGUGGAAGACCCCUGAGACUCGUGGAUGGCUGAGCCUCUGAGACGUCCCGGAAAGGAACAGUCUCCCUCACGUCAGAACACCCUGGGUGUGGUAAAUUCAUGGGGCCGGGCCCACCCGGCAGACACGGGACACGGGGCGCAGGCUGAUUGCUGCGGGUUGGGGGCACCAGGUGGUUGACCUGAGGGCCACCUCAAGCUGCUGGCACCCACAGCCAGCCCAGAGCCCUGUGGGCACGUGGCUGCAGACAUCCUGAAGUAUAUGCCAAGAACAAGCUAGCAGGCCGUGCCUGCGGCCAGACACCCCUGUGUUUGUAAAGGGGGGGUCCUUGGUCCCAGGAGUAGUUUCCCACAUUCAUGGGGGGGAUUUUCCACACCCGGGCACCAUGCCCCUGCCUGUCCAGAGAAACCCAGCUCUGUGGACAUUUGUGACACCCAUACUGUUCACGGAGUCAGGGUGCAGAGUGUAGGUGAGGGGAGUGGGGCUCAGUGUGUAAGGGGGUGCAGACACUGCCCGCCCACCCUCGGGCAGAAAGUCAGGCAUCUUGCUUUGGGGAGACCUGACUUCGGGACGCCGUCUCGUCCUGCCGAUGGAAGCCAGUGCAAAGGGGGCAUCGGAGGGCUGUGCCAUGCCAGGGGAGGUGGGGCAGGAGGAGAGACCGCAGAGGCGUCCAGUGCCGCCUGGCUCUUCAGAGCUCUCUCUCCCGAUUUCUUCUCGGUGUGUCCCUGUCUCUCGGAAUCAUGCCCUUCUCUUCAUCUGCCCCCCCGUCUCCCGCUCUCCCCUCUCACGCUCUCUCCCUAUGCAUACCAUCUAAUCCUUAGGCGACGGAUGUGGCCCCACCGUGGCCCAGCCGUGCCUUCCCGCCGAACAGGGGUGCUUCCUGCCUGCUGCCCUCCUGACCCGGGGCGGACAGCCCUGAGCCGCUGCCCCUGCCCGAGCUGACGUCCCCACCCGGCUGGUGAUUAACGUGCUGCCUUGAGCGAGGACCCUGUGGUCUCAGCUGCCCUGUCCUUCCCAGCAAUGUUGCCAGAGGCCCUUCAGGCCAGGGCAGAUGGGAUCGUAGGUUGUAAGAAUGUAACAUAUUUAUAAACUCAAG